AUGGGUCACUCCGCCGCCGGAGAGCCGGGCCUCAUUGCCAACGUGGUGAACGACACCUUGGAGUUUUACCGCUGGACCUGGAGCAUCCGAGAUAAACGUGUCGAUGACUGGCCCUUGAUGCAGUCUCCCUUUCCUACAAUGACUAUAGGCACUCUUUACCUCCUCACUGUUUGGCUCGGACCUAAAUGGAUGAAGACAAGGGAGCCUUUCCAGUUUCGUUCACUGUUGAUUUUUUACAAUUUUGGAAUGGUUCUACUUAACUUCUAUAUUUUUGAAGAGCUAUUUAUGGCAUCAAGGGCUCGAGGAUACAGCUAUAUCUGUCAGUCUGUGGAUUACUCAGAUAAUGAAUAUGAAGUCAGGAUAGCAGGGGCUUUAUGGUGGUACUUCAUCUCAAAGGGAAUUGAAUAUCUGGACACAGUAUUUUUCAUCCUAAGAAAGAAAUUUAACCAAAUCAGUUUUCUACACGUCUAUCACCAUUUCACUAUGUUUACAUUGUGGUGGAUUGGCAUAAAAUGGGUUGCAGGUGGACAAGCCUUUUUUGGAGCCCAAAUUAAUUCUUUUAUUCAUGUUAUUAUGUAUAUGUACUAUGGACUAGCCGCUUGUGGCCCAAAAUUCCAGAAGUAUCUUUGGUGGAAAAGAUACUUGACCAUAAUGCAGCUGAUUCAGUUCCAUGUGACAAUUGGCCACACAGCCAUGUCCAUCUAUAUUGAUUGUCCCUUCCCUAAGUGGAUGCACUGGGGUGUCAUUUUUUAUGCCACCACUUUCAUUGUCCUGUUUGGUAACUUCUACUAUCGGACAUACAAGAUGCCCAAGCAGCCAGUAAAGAACGGCAAGAUUACCAAUGGCAUUGUGGCAAACGGUAUAAGCAAACCGGAAAAUGGUUUAGUUGUGGAAAAUGGAAAAAAGCAGAAGAAAGCAAAAGGAGAGUAA